GAGGUUCAGGCUGUGUGCGUAUAAUUCAGUCUGUGUCUGUGUUGCUCUUCAUCUUUCUCUCUCUCUCUCGCUGAAACAAAACCAGUAAUGGGUUUUCCAGUAGCUUACCCAGAGCUUCUCCUCCCGAAGCUCCUUCUUCACACACUUUCCUUUCUGGGUUUUAUCAGAAAACUGAUCUCCAUUCUCUUUAGCUUUCUGGGUCUCCAAGAAUUUCUCGAACCCGACAUUGCUUGGCCCGAAACACCAACCACACUUGUCCCCUCGCCUCCGUCGGUCUCAGCUCUUCUCAUCCGCGAAAUCUUACCGGUCAUCAAGUUCUCAGACCUUGUUGACCCGCCUGACUCUUGCGCCGUUUGUCUCUACGAGUUUGAAAACCAGGACGACAUCAGACGACUCACGAAUUGCCGCCAUAUCUUUCACCGGAGCUGCCUCGACCGUUGGAUGGGAUACGAUCAGCAGACGUGCCCAUUAUGUCGGACGCCGUUUAUACCGGAGGAGAUGCAGGAGACGUUCAAUGAGAGGCUGUGGGAGGCUUGCGGGAUCCCCGAUUUAUUUGAUGCUGAAUAUUCACAGAUUUCUGAUUUACAGAUCAUAACUUAAAAAAAAAGAUUUUUUUUCUUUUUGAUUGAACAUUGUAUAUACAAGACAUAGUGAAGCUUGAAGAGAAAUGAAAAUGGAGGGCUACAAAUUAUAAUUGUAUGUUAAUAAUAAUAAUAAUUAACUCCAUUAAUUUGUAAUUUUCA